GCGGCCGAGGAGAAGGUUCUGGCGUGCGAGAGCUCGGACUGCAUUGAUAAAAGACGGGCAGUGAAGGUAUGUCACCACGCUGAUUGCCAACAAAUGAACCAAAAAAAUCCAUUGAACCUGUGCGAGUCAUGUGACAUCAAGUUCCACAGCGCCAUGCACUUUGAUCGACACAUACGCUUCGACCUGCCCCCUCAAGGUUCCAUCCUGGCCCGUAACGUCUCCACCCGAUCGUGCCCUCCGCGGACAAGCCCCGCGUCUGAUGUGGAGGAAGAUGAAGAGGAGUUAAUAGAUGGCAAGGGAGAGAAGAAGGCUGCGGGGCUGAAGAUAGCAAAGAAGAAAACGAGGAGAAGGCACACAGAUGAUCCAAGUAAAGAAUGUUUCACAUUAAAGUUUGAUCUGAAUGUCGAUAUAGAGACGGAGAUCGUCCCAGCCAUGAAGAAGAAAUCUCUAGGAGAAGUUUUGAUACCAGCGUUUGAGAGGAAAGGGAUCGAGCUCGGUAAAGUGGAGAUAUUUCUCGACCAGUCCAACACACCUCUGUCUCUCAACUUUGAAGCGUAUCGCUUUGGAGGCCACUAUUUGAAAGUUAAAGCUAAGCCAGGGGAUGAGCUGAAGGUGGAGCAGGCUGUGAAGGAUUUCAGGUCGUUAAGUUUACCCAUCAUGAGGAACACCGGGACAACAUCCACUUUUAUUUUCAACCUUCCAAAUGAGAGGUCCGAACAGCCACCAUUCAAGAAAGAGAACUCUGACAUCUUGGCUCCUGGCAGAAGAAGGAAGAACAUGACUGAAUUCCUCGGGGAUGCAACUAUCCCUGUUCAAGAAUCUCUCCAGAACAUCAGCGGUUCUCUGCCCAACAACGGCAACGACACGUGGAAGAACCGGGCCGCCAGCCGCUUCAGCGGCUUCUUUGGAGCUGGCAUAACUGGGCCAUUUGGAAAGGAGAUCGAUAAAAUGGAGCAACUGGAAAGCAAACUGCAUUCAUAUAGCAUGUUCGGCCUCCCCAAGCCGCCCCAGCAGAUGUGUUUCGACCAGGAUUCCUGGGAGGAGGAAGAAGAUGAUACAAAUCUGGGCCUAGAGGACAGCUGGCAGCAAAUCGUUGAAGUCCCAGAGAAUUUGACAAGACGCCAGUGCCACCAGCAGGAGGCCAUCUGGGAGCUGAUACACACCGAGGCCACCUACAUCAAGAAGCUGAAGGUCAUAACAGAUCUUUUCCUGUGUUGCCUGCUAAAUCUUCAGGAAUCAGGACUUCUGUGCGAGGUGGAGCCAGACAAGCUGUUCAGCAACGUGCAGGAAAUUAUCCAGCUGCACCGCGCUCUCUGGGGUAACAUUAUGCUGCCAGUACUGGAGAAGGCCAGAAAAUCCAGGAGCCUGUUGAACCCAGUGGACUUCCAGAAAGGAUUCAAAAUGUUUGAAUCUCUCUUUAAGCCAUAUAUCCGAUAUUGUAUGGAGGAAGAAGGCUGUAUGGAGAAUAUGAGGAAUCUGCACCGGGACAAUGAAGUCUUUCGGGCCUAUGUAACGUGGGCCGAGAAACACAAACAGUGCAAUCGCCUGAAGCUGAGCGACAUGUUAGUGAAGCCACAUCAACGUCUCACCAAGUACCCCCUGCUGCUCAAGUCCAUCCUGAAAAAGACGGACGACCCUCAAGUCAGAGAGUCCAUCAUUGCCAUGAUAAACUCGGUUGAGCGAUUCAUCAAUCAUGUAAACUCAAGGAUGCGCCAACGGCAAGAGCAGCAGCGACUGGCGGCCAUCAUCAGCCGUAUCGACUCUUAUGAAGCUGUGGAGAGCAGUACAGAUGAGGUGGAUAAGAUAUUAAAGGAGUUCUGCAAGUUUGAUUUGACAGCACCCAUAUUUGGGACUUCUCUGGACGACACACGACAGCUUCUGCUGGAAGGCAGCCUGAAGAUGAAGGAAGGGAAAGACAGCAAGAUGGAUGUAUACUGCUUCCUGUUCACGGAUCUCUUCCUCAUCACGAAGCCAGUGAAAAAGGCGGAAAGGACCAAAGUCAUCCGACAGCCGUUAUUGGUGGAUAAGAUCAUCUGUAGGGAACUCAAGGACACAGGUUCCUUUUUGUUGAUCUACUUGAAUGAGUUCAGAAGUGCAGUGGCAGCCUAUACGUUUCAAGCCAGUGGCCAGUCCUUGUGCCGAGGGUGGGUGGAAGCACUUCACAAUGCACAGAAUCUCUUGCAACGAUUACGUCAAGAGCAUAUGCAAAGCCGACAGCAAGCCGGCAGGGAAGAGGAGGAAGACAUGGAAAGCGGGACCUCUGCGGCUAGCUCACCAACCAUUCUACGUCGAAGCAGCACAGACAUGACACAGAGUCCUUCAGUCAGCUCAACAGAAACCAUCUCCGUAGUGGUGGUUGACGCCGGUGAAGACCUCUCUUCUCCUGAGGCUGAACAAGGCGCAUACGGCUCCCAGUCUGAUGACACAUCAAUCAGCACCACAGCAUCCUCCCUAACGCCCACUAGAGAGAUGUUUGAAAGUAUGGAGACAUCAGAGGCGAGUCCAGCUGGGGAUUCUAACUACCUGAAACUAGAGCCCAAUGGAUGUAGGUCAUCCUCUUUUGACAGUGCUUACGGGACCCUAUCUCCUACAUCACUGGAGGAGUUUGUGGAGCGACAGCAGCAAGAACUGACAGAAGAGGAGAGGGAGUCGGUUAGUUCUCAACGGUCGAAUACUUCUCCAAAACUCAAACGACGAACUCCGGUCCAGCUCUUGCCGUGCAAGUCCAAGGUCCUGAAAUCCAAGUCAGAAGCCAGUCUCCUUCACUUGAUAUCAGUAGGUCCCACCAACCACGCCGAGGAUGAAACCCAACUUUGUCAAAGUAAAAGCCUGUGUGAACUCUUUAUGUCUCCGGGACCACAGCAUUUUUUGGACUCUGACGGCCACAACAAUGGCCGUGAUUGGCAUUUUGCCAAAAGGACUAGCUUGGUGGAACGUUCAUCGGAAAACGUUGAGGAACACUUAGUAAAGCCCAGGUCCCGGUCGGACUGCACGAGGAGACAAGUGGUCAAUUUAAGUAGCUGCAGCAGCAGCUCCUCUGACCUUUCGGAUUCAGUAGAGACUGGAUUCUCCAAAGACGGUGAGGAUGAGAAAUUAACGGACCCGCUGUCUGAUCAGCUGGACUCUCUGCCCGAGUUUGAGUUCGACCCUGAGUCCCAUGUGUACAGUAGCCCUUUACCUGAACAGUGUGGCGAGGACAUUGGGAGGGAACUGGACGAUGCUAGUGCUCCUGGCUGUGCCAAGAGUACAAUGUCGGAACCUCAGUCAGCACAGCAUAGGAAACUCACCCUGGCCCAGCUGUACAGAAUAAGAACCACUUUACUUCUUAAUUCCACUCUGACGGCGUCUGAGGUUUAAUAACGUGGAGCCGAAGCAAACCUGCCAGCAAUAGCUCAAGAACAUGUAAAUAAGACUGCAUUACUGGCGCAGAUGUCUACCAAGCUUAUCGCGGUAAAAAUGGCCACAUCCUACAAGAUGCCUUCUUCUUCCGCAGGACCCCCCUCCUUCCGCCACCAGGAACAUAACGCAGGCUUGUUUGAACGGCAAAGCAACUGGAUUCUUUCCAAACAUUUUCGGAAAACCUUAGGUAUCCCCGUGAAAGUAUAAACCCGAUUAUAUUUGCACUUUGAGCAAUAAUGUGUUUUAAAGAAAAACUCUGAAGAGGAUAAACGUUUGCGGCAUAAAAUG